GCGGAUGUUUGUUUUCGUGCGUGUCAAUGUCGCUAUAUCAGUUAAAAGUAAUGUGUGAUUUUUCAAGUUGCAAUAUGCUGCUACAAUUCGCUUGAUAUAUUUCAAAGCACAUACACCACUUGGUUCAACGAAAGUCAGUUACAGAUGGAUUCCAUGUUUGCUGACACCCUGGAGAACACUGGACUUUUGGCCUCUCUGGAUCGGCUGGAUCCGGGUCUCUCCAGCUCAACAGGUCACCCAAAGCUCUCAGACUGCAUCUUUCUGCUGCCUGCUUCCAAAGGCCAUGGAUGUGGCACAGUGUCCACCCGCCGCGCUGGCCGCCUGCGACCCACCCCUGCAGCAGUCUCAGUUCCAGCUCCGGGCCCAGCCUCCCAUGGCAGCACGCUGUUCGGUGAUGACACUCUGUUGCAGCUGGUGAGUGCAGAUGACCUGGCUGACAACAGAUUGCCGCGGUCCCCCUCUGCUGCCGCUGCCAUUGAGACGUCCAUGAUGCCUCCGCCGCCUGUUCCUCACACCUCAUCCAGAGCGGCGAAGCGUGCCAGCCGCGGCGGUGCCAACUCCAGCCGUGGUGGCUCGAACGCCAGCCGCGCCUCCCGGCCCGCCGCCAAACCCGCCAGAGGCCGGCGCCGACGGGUCACCGACAGGUCGCGUCUGAUGACCACCCUGGAGUUUACCGCUGUAGGGGACACCAGCGGUGCUGUCCUGGAAGGCAGGACGGCACCAGCGACCUCCACAGACACCAGUGGUGCUGUCCUGGACCGGACUGCGGAGCGGACGACCGCCGGGGAUGUCACCAGUGCUGCUGUGGGUCACACCGUGGCAAACGAGACUGUUGGCUGUUUACUCGAGUCUUUCGCUGCCGAUGACGGUGCGGGGACCUCCGAGGGUCGGACAGAGUGCGGGGCGGACGGAGAAAAGAGCGGGGAGGAGCGGCAGAGGACGGAGGCGGACACUCUGCUCCUCUCCAGGGACGACUCGCUGUGGACAAUGUCUGGUCUGGGGGCGGCCAUAGAUGAGGUGGAAGGUGCGGCGGCAGCCGGGGAGGCGAACAUCACCACUACCAGUCAGACGUCCCAGCCAGCUGCAGAAGGGUCGGUCCGGUCCGACGCCUCUCACCGAGGUGAUGUCUCACACCGUGAUGAUGUAAAUGAUAUCACCAGGGCAUCUAGAGGUGACCAGAGAACCUCUGAGGUCAACCAAUCCUCGGUGGCAGUGGGAUCACGCAAUGGUGGUGUGAGUGUUAUCACCAGUGCAUCUAGAGGGCACCAGAGAACUCAUAAUUCAGGGGCCAGUACACUACCAGUCGCAGUGAGAUCUCCCAUCAAGGACGCAAGUCCCUCUCCUGAAGGAGGGGAGGAACAGGUCGUGACAGGGGGAAGUCCCUCACCGCGGAGUGCCAUCACUGAGUGGGGACUGCCCGACUGCAUUGCUCAGAACUACAUCAAUGCCGGUUUGAGCCACUUAUACAGCUGGCAGGCCGAGUGUCUGAGGACCGGCGACGUGCUCCACGGAGGGAAUCUCGUCUACUCGGCGCCCACAUCCUCAGGCAAGACACUGGUGGCAGAGAUCUUGCUGCUGCGCCGGGUGGUCUCUCAGAAGCGCAAGGCCAUCGUGGUGGUGCCGUUCGUCAGCUUAGCACGUGAAAAGACGCUCUACCUGCAGAGCGUCUGUGACGGCUCCGGUGUGCGCGUGGACGGCUUUUUCGGGAGCCAGGCGCCCCCGGGCGGCCUCCAGAAGGUCGACGUCGCCAUCUGCACCAUCGAAAAGGCCAAUAAUCUCGUGAAUAGACUGAUGGAGGACGGGUGUCUUCACCGGGUGGGCUGUGUUGUGGCCGACGAGCUGCACCUUCUGGGUGACCCGCGCAGAGGUUACCUGCUGGAGGUGCUGCUCACUAAGCUCCUCUACAUGAACCGUCGCCUGGACAGCGGUUCGGAGCGCCGGAUCCAGUUGGUGGCCAUGUCGGCCACUCUGCCCAACCUCGGCGGCCUGGCCGGCUGGCUGUCGGCGGCUCUGUACGUCACCGAGUUCCGACCUGUGCCGCUGCAGCAGUUCGCCAAGCUGGGUGGCACCGUGUAUGAUGAGCGGCUGAGGCCCGUCAGGCCGGUGGACGCCGCGCUGGGAUCCGGGAGUGACCCGGACCUGGUGCUGGAGCUGGUGCUGGAGACGGUGACGGCCGGACACGGUGUCCUCGUGUUCUGUCCCACCAAGGCCUGGUGCGAGCAGCUGGCCGUCAACGUGGCCGCAGAGUUCUGCCGGCUUGGUCACCCGGGCCGCUCGGACCUGACGGCCGGCCAGCAGCGUUCGGCCACCGCCCUGCGCCGUCUGCUGAUCCCAGAGCAGUUACAGCAGCUGCUGGACGACCUACGGCGCACCCCGGCCGGGCUGGACCCGGCGCUGGCCCGCAGCAUCGCCUUCGGAGUGGCCUUCCACCACGCUGGUCUGACUGUGGACGAGCGCGACCUGCUGGAGCUGGCGUUCCGGAGCGGCACGCUGCGAGUGCUGGUGGCCACGAGCACCCUCAGCUCGGGCGUGAACCUGCCGGCACGCAGGGUGAUCGUCCGCUCCCCGCUGCAGGGAGGCGCCCUGCUCGACCUGCUCACCUACAGGCAGAUGGCCGGACGGGCGGGACGCACCGGCACCGACACACACGGAGAAAGCAUUCUGGUGUGCCGCGAGUGCGACAGGGCCAACGCCCUACACCUGAUGACGUCACGCCUGCCUCCGAUCAGCAGCUGUCUGACGUCAUCCGGGACUGCCAGCGAGCCGCUCCGGCGGGCCGUGUUGGAGGUAAUUGUCAGCGGAGUCGCCGGCAGCCGAGAGGACGUGGCUCUGUUCGCCUCCUGUACCCUCCCAGCCAAUGGCCCGGAUAGCUCCCCGGAACAAUCCAGGAGCGUCCCGGAACCACCACCGAGGGACGGAGCAGUCGGCGAGUGUCUCGGCUGGCUGAUAGAACACGAGUUUGUCAGGUGCGCUGAGGACGGCUCUCUGUCUGCCACCCAGCUCGGCUCGGCGGCGCUGGCCUCCUCCCUGGGACCGGCCGACUCCCUGGCCGUCAUUGCCGAGCUGCAGAGAGCCAGACGCUGCUUCGUGCUGGAGUCGGAGCUGCAUCUCGUCUAUCUGGUGACCCCGGUCUACUGCGGCGACCUCUGGCCCCAGAUGGACUGGUUGAAUUACCUAACCAUGCUGGAGGCGCUGCCGGCCGCCGAGCGGCGUGUCGCCGAGCUGGUCUCGGUCGAGCAGCGGUUCAUCGUGCGCGCGCUGAAGGGGACGGUGAACCCACGCCAGCCCCGCCAGGCCGCUCAGCUAGUCUCCCACAAACGCUUCUACACCGCCCUGGCGCUGCACGAGCUGAUUAACGGGGCGCCGCUGCGCAGGACGGCCGACAAGUUCGGCUGUAACCGCGGCGCGCUGCAGGCGCUCCAGCAGUCGGCCGCCACAUUCGCCGGCAUGGUGACGUCGUUCUGCGGCCGUCUGGGCUGGCGGUGUCUGGAGCUGCUGCUGGACCAGUUCCAGUCGCGGCUCGAGUUCGGCGUACCCCCGGAGCUGGUACCCCUGGUGCGCCUCUCGCUGGUGAAUGGACUGCGCGCCCGCGCUCUGCGCCGCGCCGGUAUGGAGCGUCUGAUACAGGUGGCCAACAGCAGUGCACAGCGAGUGGAGGCCGCCCUCCGGAACGCCACGCCCUUCCAGAGUGCCACGGACGAGGAGGCGGACCCGGCCCUCCUGGCCGUCUCCGGCGGCACCCAGAUAUGUGUGGACGGCUGCCGCUACAUCCCCGUGGCGGAGGCGGCGCGGGAGAUUGUGCUGGAGGCCAGGAAACUGGUGGAGAGCGACCUCGGCAUGACCGGCAUCGCCUGGGGCACCGGAGAGGCUGUGCUGGACGGGGACAGCUCUCAGUCGAGUAGUGAUGACGAGGGUGACAGUGAAGCGAGCCGGAGAGACCAUGGGAGUGCGGGUAGUGGGAAGAUCCCGCCAGCGAAGGAUGUUACCCGGACUGAGUCGUCCUCUGGUGCUUUCGCUUCCCUGGACAGACCGUCCAGCAAUCCUGCUGGUGAGCUGAUGGCUACUGAGAAGCUUGUGAAGUCAGGCGGUCAUUCUCCAGAAGUUAAAGCAGAGGAUAGAACGGAUAAGUCUAAACCAUCCACUGAUCAGGCUCCCUGCAUUGGGCACAAACCUUCGUCCGGAAACAAUUCAUCGUCCGACGCCCAAGCAAAGCCCAGCUCGUCUACCCACUCUGAGCCCAAAUCUCAGCCUGCUGAGAAGCCCAGUCACAUCCCACCUCAGCCCUCCCGGCCACCGCCUGCCGGUGAGACGAACCUCUCGACCCCUGCCGCCCAGCGCUCUGACCAUCCUUCCGCUGACCAGGGUGGUGAUCUUAUACCACCAUCAGUCGCCCAGCGGUACAACAGCACCAGUGCCGAGCGCCGGCGGCGCCGGAGGCGGCUCUCGCACGCCCUGUUUGGCCGGCGGCGCGGACAGGGUUCGACCCCAGCUACCGCCGGUACCGGCGCCGGGUCACCGUGUCUGCAGGCCGAGUCACCAGAGGACGGUCCGAGAUCACCGGCGCUGCGUACCCGAUCCGCUGCUGCUGCUGCUGCUGCGUCUGUUGCGGCCACUUCGUCUAGAGCUGUCACUACCACUGGAGCUUCUGCCGUGGUUUCUUCGACAAGAACUACUGCUACGGCAGGAACUUGCUCGUUAGCUAGCUCUGUAGCUACUGAAACAACUGCAACUGUUACUGGCAAGCACGUUGUUAUUGCCGGAUUGAAUACAAAUUCGGCAGCUGUAGCGGAAUCGACACCACAGCCGGGCAAGCUCCGGAGCUCCCACGCCGUCACACCAGGACCUGUCCCGCCUCGUGACCUGUUCGCUACUCCUGCCCCUCCUCUGGCCACGGUAGUGACCCCUGGGCCAACCCCUGACUCAGCUACCGCCUCCGCCGGCCGCGGCAGGCACCGUCUGUCGGACAAUGAAGCCCUGAACUUCUCCUCCCAGUCCAACACAGACCUGUUCGACAGUUUCGAGAUCGACUCGCGGUCGGCGGCCGGGCUCGGCAGCACGGGAAAGAAGGUUACCCCGCGACAGAAUAUGUCAGCCGCAAGGUCAGACCAGAGUUGUGUGAGUUCAGCAAACAGGAGCAGCAUCGUUAUCUACCCAGUCAACUCAGAGGAGAUCGACUUUGGUUUUGAUGAGACGCAGAGCGCGAAGAAGAUCUCGAUUCGAUAUGAUCAAAUGGCAUCAGCGAAUAAGAACGAAGCCAGCUUCAAGUCUGCCAGAGACAGCAUGGGCUCAAAUCUGAUAACCUCUGCCAUGUUUGAAGACGCGUUUACCGUAGAACAGCUCAACUUGGACGAGCUGAGUUUCAAGGAGAACGUCUCUCCUGCCCGAAACACCAAGGAACAGGUAGUCUCUGCUGCAUCCCAGUCGAGCGAACAUCACGAUGCUCGUCUCUCGGCCGACUCUGGAGUUCGGCGCAGUGCCCGAUUGCUACGGCACUCCAGAGAGUCCAAUACCUCCCCAGCCCAGGUGAUCUCCCCACUGGCGGUCACCCCCGCUCCCGUCCGGCCGGCCAAGCGUCCCAGCUCCUCGCCGCUGUUUGGUGAGGAGUGUCGUAGCAGCAAACGCAUCAGCCCUGCUGGAGUGACAGAACCAGUUCGCACAGGACAUCUCGAGCCCGGUCUCAAAUCGUUAACAUCGGUGCAGCGCCUGCCAUCGAAAGGCAAAGACCAAACUCAGAACACUCGUACGCCUCACUCCAAUCGCCAACAUUCCAAGCCAACCAAGACGACAAGGAGGGGUGGUGGGGGCUCUGGCCUCCCUCCACCCACCUCCCCUACCCCGGCGGAACCCCAGCGGACUCCGGCCGCGGUCCGACAGGACUGUAUCGUUCCCCGGGGGACGGGCGGUCCGGCGGCGUGGCCGGAGGUCUGUGAAGUCAGCGGACCGGGCGCCGACUGGUGUCAGCUGAAGGAGGCUUCCCUGGGCCGGUGGCGCCGCGUCUGCCUGGCGCUGGCGGUGGAGCGAGAGACGCCCAGAGCAGCCUCCCUGCGCCGGCACCGCUCCCAGCCGGCCGGUCUCGCCCUCCGCGACGGCGCACGGGUGACCGGUCUCGCCGUGCUCGGCCCCGAUCAGAGGGCGUUCUUUGUCUCACUGGAGACGGUCGGCUUCAGUGCAGAGUGCCGGUCGUGGCUGUCGGCGCUGCUGUCCCGCCCGGAGCUGACCGUUGUCCUCCACCGCUGCCGGCGCUGGCUGGCGCUGCUACCUCCCGAGCUGGCGGACCGGGCUGCCGCCCAGCUCAGGGACCCGGCCGUGGCCGCGUGGCUCCUGGACCCGGCCACCGAGGAGCUGCCGCUGCAUAAGCUGGCUGAGAGGGUGCUGCUGCCCGACCGCCACCUGGUGGCGGCUGCCAGUUCGGGCCCCGGCCAACAGAUGGCAGUGGCGGCGGCGCUGCUCACCGAUACGGUGAUGACUUCGCUGGAACACCGACUGAAGCAGGACGGACUCUGGGCGGCGUUCACAGACGUGGAGAUGCCGUUGGCCGCCGCGCUGGCCGUGUUGGAGCAGGCAGGGAUGCCGGUGGAUGGUGCACGCCUGCAGGCACAGGUCAGCCUGCUGCAGAGGCUGAGGGCCGACCUGGAGCGGCAGGCGCACAGGCUGGCCGGCAGGCGCGUCAGCCUCGCCUCGGCAGCCGACGUCGGACGGCUGCUGUUCUGCGAGCUGGGCCUUCCGGCCGAGCCGGUCGAGCUCCCCGGUCAGGACCCGGGGACAGACAUCCAGGAGCCAGCGCUGUCCCGGCGGCGGCGCAGCGGCCGCGGCCCGCGCACCCGCCGCGGACGGCCGCUGCCCACCAACCGGGAGGCCCUGCUGCGCAUCCGCCACCUGCACCCGGUCAUUGACCUCGUUAUCGAGUGGAGGAAGCUGACCCACGUGCUGACCAUGAUAGCCCAGCCGCUGCAGCGGGAGGCCGAGUGUACCGGCACGGACGGCAGUCGACGGGUGGUGCGCGGCCGGUGGUUUACCCAUACUGCUACCGGGAGGGUCACCAUGCACGAGCCCAGUCUGCAGACAGUGCCGCGCGACUUCAGCCUUACCGGCGGGCGCAGCGUCAGCCUGCGCAGCGCCUUCGUGGCGCCGCCAGGCUGGACGCUGGUGUCGGCCGACUACUGCCAGCUCGAGCUGCGUUUAUUAGCUCAUCUGAGUGGCGAGUCGCGGCUGCAGCGACUGUUCGACCGGCACGGCGACCCGUUCCGUCUCAUCGCUGCCGCCUGGACCGGGGUCAACUCCGAGCAGGUGACGGACGAGCAGCGUCAGCACACCAAGGCGCUCUGCUACGGCAUCAUCUACGGCAUGGGCGAACGCUCGCUGGCCGCCCAGAUGGCUGUCUCCGAGGAGCGCGCCGGGCAGCUGCAGGACACCUUCCACCGCCAGUUUCCCGGUAUCCGUCCGUUCCUAUCCCGGGUGGUAGCCGACUGCGUCCGCCAGGGGUACGUGACCACCCUGGCCGGCCGGCGUCGCUACCUGCCCGACAUCACCAGCGGCAGCCCGGCGGCGCGCGGCGCGGCGGAGCGGCAGGCAGUGAACACCACGGUCCAGGGCUCGGCGGCCGACCUGGUGAAGAGGGCCACGAGUGCCAUCCACCGGCGACUGAGGGAGAGGCGGUCAGAGGACCCCGCCGGCGCUCCGCGACUCGUGCUGCACCUACACGACGAGCUCAUGUAUCAGGUCCUUGAGGCAGAGGCCGGACAGGUGGCCGCCCUGGUGUGCCGCUGUAUGCGGGACGCCGCCACCCUGACGGUGCCGCUCGAGGUCAAGGUCAAACAGGGCGUCUCCUGGGAUCAGCUGACGGAGAUCCCUCAGCUUCCGGAGCUGGCUGAGUCCUGACGGCUGGUUUCAAACGC